AUGGGGGAAAUGGAACAGAUGAAGCAGGAGGCUGAGCAGCUGAAGAAGCAGAUUGCGGAUGCCCGGAAAGCUUGUGCAGACACAACACUUGCUCAGAUUGUGUCUGGAGUGGAGGUUGUUGGCCGCAUUCAGAUGCGGACCCGAAGGACUCUGCGUGGGCACUUGGCCAAGAUCUAUGCCAUGCACUGGUCAACGGACUCCAAACUACUGGUCAGUGCCUCACAAGAUGGGAAACUGAUUGUGUGGGACACAUACACAACUAACAAGGUUCAUGCCAUCCCUUUGCGUUCCUCCUGGGUCAUGACCUGUGCCUAUGCACCCUCAGGUAAUUUUGUGGCCUGUGGGGGCCUUGACAACAUGUGCUCCAUCUACAACCUCAAGACGCGUGAAGGCAACGUCAAAGUGAGCAGGGAACUCUCAGCUCAUACAGGUUAUCUCUCCUGCUGCCGGUUUCUUGAUGACAACAGCAUUGUGACUAGCUCUGGAGAUACCACAUGUGCACUCUGGGACAUUGAGACAGGGCAGCAGAAGACCGUGUUCCUUGGUCACACUGGAGACUGUAUGAGCUUGGCAGUUUCCCCAGACUUCAAACUGUUCAUCUCUGGAGCCUGUGAUGCCACUGCCAAACUGUGGGACGUGCGGGAGGGUACCUGCCGCCAGACAUUCUCAGGGCACGAGUCUGAUAUCAAUGCCAUCUGUUUCUUCCCUAAUGGCGAAGCCAUCUGCACUGGCUCAGAUGAUGCCACCUGCCGUCUCUUUGACCUCCGGGCAGACCAGGAGCUCAUAGUGUACUCUCACGAAAGCAUCAUCUGCGGAAUCACAUCAGUCGCCUUCUCCCGCAGCGGGCGCCUCUUGCUUGCUGGAUACGAUGACUUCAAUUGCAACAUCUGGGACUCCCUGAAAGCAGAACGUGUGGGAAUCCUUUCUGGCCACGACAACAGAGUGAGCUGCUUGGGGGUUACAGCAGAUGGCAUGGCUGUUGCCACUGGCUCCUGGGACAGCUUCCUCAAGAUUUGGAACUAAGGACAGCAGAGGAGAGGGAAAGAACAGCGGAAGCAUGGCCCACAGUGACUGCAUCAUCAGCCAAGCACAACAGAAACACCUACUUGUCACUCUCACUUCACUCUACACACAGGUUGCUUACAGGGGUCUCCUAGAGUGAAAGGGGAAGGAGGGGGAGUACACACACCAGCUGUUCUCUCUACCUCUAAGCAAGCCCAGCUUCUUGCAGGCUUGAAAACCUGCAACACACAACAGUUAUAUCUCUGGACUUUACAGUGCUGUUCAAAUGCACCCUGCAUCAUCCUUCAAACACCUCUACCCACAUUUGGUAUCCAGUCCUUGGAGGACCCCUCAUUCAACACCUCUGUCUUUGAUUUAACUAUACCUAGCUUCUGUGGGGCUGUCAUAUUUCUGCAGGCAGCCCCAGAGACAUACUAGGCUUGAGAUCUAUAAACAUGUAACCCCUACCAAGCAGGUAGUGUAAACUGGGCUCAUUUUUCACUGGGGAAAACUUAAGUCUUAUCUAUGGAUAAAUGGGGGAAAAGAUAGCCCUCAGACCUUCCAGACUAUCAGAGAAUGUUUUAUUUAUUCUUGUUUGCUUCUUGCUGUUUCUUCUCUUUUUGCCUCAUUCCUAUAUUGUGCAGUGACCCUGUC